AUGACUGCAGGAAAUAGCACAGUUGUCACGGAGUUCAUCCUCCGGGGCAUCUCCGAUGAUCCACAAAUGCAACCCAUAUACUUCAUAAUAUUCCUGAUCAUCUAUCUGAUCACUGUUGUGGGUAACUUAGGCAUGAUCCUCCUGAUCUCAUUUGAUUCCCAACUUCACAACCCUAUGUACUUCUUCUUGUGGCACCUGUCCUUCUGUGACAUCUGCUACUCAACUGCUAUUGCCCCCAGAAUGCUGUCUGACUUAUUAUCUGAAAACAGAAUCAUCUCAUUCCCUGGCUGUGCUGCCCAAUUCUAUUUCUUUGCAGCCUUUGCAGAUGCUGAGUGUUACAUUCUGGCAGUGAUGGCCUAUGACCGUUAUGUGGCUAUCUGUAAUCCACUGCUCUAUUCCACUGCCAUGUCCAAAGCUCUCUGCAUCCGGCUCUUAAUUGGAUCAUACAUUGCUGGAACAACCAGUGCCAUAAUACACACAACAGCCACUUUCCGUCUUAGCUUCUGCAGCAACAACCUUGUUAACCAUUUCUUCUGUGAUGUUCCCCCGCUUCUGGAAAUCUCCUGCUCUGACACCCACAUCAAUGAGAUUCUGCUCUUUGCUUUUGCUGGCUUUGUAGAAUUGAGCUCCCUCUCUGUCAUCUUUGUCUCUUACAUCUUCAUCUUAGCUGCCAUUCUGAGAAUGAAUUCUGCUGCAGGGCGGUUCAAAGCCUUCUCCACCUGCGGGUCUCACAUCACUGGAGUCACUUUGUUUUACGGAACUGAGAUGUUCAUGUAUCUACGGCCUGCUUCUGAAUAUGCCCUAGACCAAGACAAAUGGGCAUCUUUGUUCUACACUGUGGUGAUUCCCAUGCUCAACCCUCUGAUCUAUAGCCUCAGGAACAAAGAUGUCAAAGAAGCUUUCAAAAAACUCAUCAAUAAGAAGCUGAAUUCUGUCUUCACCUGA